AUGCGACGACUAUUAGAAUUUCCGUCACGGAGACUCAAGCAAAAGACCGAAUCCCCUCUAUGUUCUACAUGCUCAAAACUCGACUUGCACCACAUCCUCCUUCACGGUGUUCUGUACGAACAUCCCAUACUACUGGGACCACUGGUAGAGGUGCUUGCAAAGGCCGGACGUUGCGCGCUGUGCGGGCUCAUCAAGACGGCUUUUCAGCGGUUCUGGUUGUUGGACAAACUUCCUGCGGAUGUGGACCUGGGCGGUGUGGAUCUGGGGCUGUAUGCCGAGCGCAAGGGGAAUCUGAUUGCACCACGACCGCCGGAGAGGGAGCUAUGCCAUCGACUGAUCAUCCUUCCGUCAGACAGGCCGCAGGUGGUGUACGAUAUUCUAUCGGCUGCUCGCUCAAAUUUGGUGCUGCAUAUCCAACUUAUGCAAGAAGACGCGCGUGUUUUCAAGCGACGGCCAGAUGUCCACGGCAGGAGAGUCGGGGAUGUGGUGGCCAUCGACCUCGUUAAGAAGUGGCUGAACCUCUGCGUGGCGCACCAUCACGACGUCUGCGAAGAGGUGUGGUGGAGGGACAGAGACGAGGAGCUACCGUCGUCGGUGAGGAUGAUUGAUGUCAAGAAGAUGGCGAUCGUCCCUUAUUCACCGAGAAGUCGGUAUGUGGCGUUGUCCUACGUCUGGGGAGGAGUCGGCGCGGAGUACCAGAGUAUGCGAGACAAUAUCUCACAGCGCAUGACUCCUGGAGGACUAGACGAAUCCAUCCUUCCUGCGACGAUUGUUGAUGCCAUUGAACUCUGCCGUCGACUAGGCGAGCGGUAUCUCUGGGUCGACGCGCUAUGCAUCAUUCAAGAUAGUGCUGCAGACAAGGCUGUUCAAAUCGGUGUGAUGGAGCUGAUUUACGGCGGGUCAUUUGUGACCGUAUUUGCCAUCGGGGGGCACAACGCGCAUGCUGGCCUGCCUGGUCUCCGCAAAGGCACUCGCACCCGGCACCAACGCAUCGAAAGAAUACAAAAUCUUCGCCUCAGCGUCCCACUGACCACCUUGGCAUCCGUGCUCGCCCAGUCCGUCUGGGGCACGCGCGGAUGGACUUACCAGGAAGUGAUGCUUUCGAGGCGGCGGCUUUUCUUCACCGACGAACAAGUGUACUUCGAAUGCCUACGCGAAGUAUUCAGCGAGGAUGUCGUUGCGGAGAACACGCACGUUCCCGGAUCGAACCACCCCCUGCGAUAUACCGGGAUUGGGGGGUUUACGUUCAACACUCGCCCCCGCGGCGGUACCGCGCACGAGUUCACGGCGGGCUACGUAGUCGUGGUGCGCGAAUACACGCAACGGAACCUGACCAAUGAGCUCGACGCCAUCGACGCCGUGUCGGCCUUGACGAGGGCUAUUGCGAAGGCUUUCAAUUUAGGCGGAGGGGCGUCGAAGGCUUUCCGGUAUGGAAUGCUGAUAACGGAUCUGAAUCAGACGUUGUUUUGGCACCCUGGCGACGGACCGUCGUUCACUCGUCGGCGCAGCGUUCCUGGCCUGCGUGGUACGUGGCCCUCGUGGGCAUGGGUGGGGUGGCGCGGAGCUGUGCAAUAUCGACAUAAUUGGUCGAACGCUGAAAGCUACCCUCGGAUAGCUGGAUCACUCGUCGAUGUUUGGUACAUAUACGAAGACGGAAAUUUAGUCGAACUUGACGUGAAUCCUGUUCAUAGGAUGAUAUUUCCCGACGUGGAGAAGCAAGUAACAAGAUAUUCACCACCGAGUGGACGUGAGCGCAUCGUCGUAUUGCUCGAAACGGUCAAGACGCAACUGGCCAGACUCCCCGAGGGCACUUUGAUCUUCUACGCGACCUCAGCGACGUUCAAGGUACUGAAGCUCGCCGGCGGACCCCCAACCAAUGAUGGCGACGGGCGAUACGAGCUAUAUGCGAUCCUUCCAUCACAUGGCCCGAAAUCGGAAAACGCGGCUGGUCGCGUAUACCUUCCCUCGGAUCUCUCGUCGUCAGAGUUGGAGUUCAUAGUGCUGGCUUACGCUGAUGGCCAGAAUGAUUUACACGAUGAAGAAGCACAUGGGAAGCGUUACUCUACUUCGUUUCUAUAUGUCAUGGCCGUCCGCUCUCUUGAGGCGGAAGGAGAUGGGACGAGUGUUUUGGGUUGUGAACUGGUGGAAAGAGUUGGGGUCGGGAUUGUUUUCGAGCCCGUUUGGCUGGAUGCGCGUCCACAAGAGAAGCUCGUAUGUCUUGCUUAA